AUGGCGCACCUCUUGCUGAAGACCAUGAGCCUCACGACCGUGGACCUUUCAGCGAAUGACAUCAGCAGCAAAGGAAUUGGCCUGAUCCUGAAAGCGAUGUUGUUCAACAGAAGCGUGCGGUCCUUGGAUCUCUCCUCGAAGACCAGCUCCAGUCGCAACCGCUUCUCGCGCUUCACGGCGGGACCACUGGAGGACCUGCUCGAGAAGAACUCGUCCUUGCAGCGCUUGAGCUUGUCGGCCUGUACCCUGGGUGUGCCCGGGGCGCAGGGCCUGGGCCGAGGAUUGGUGGCCAACCACAGCUUGCUCUACCUGGACAUCAGUCAGAACGAUCUCGGGGACCGAGGCGCCUUCUGCAUGGCAGCGGUGCUGAAGGAGUGCCACUUGGAGGAGCUGAAUCUCUCGGACAAUCGGAUCGGGGACGAAGGCUUCAUCAGCCUCGCCUGCAGCUUGGGCUCGUUGCCCAACAAGGCGGAUGGCAGCCAUCCGGUGUGGUCGCGAGCGAUGAAGAGCUCCGAGGCGGCGGCCAAGUACACGGACGGCCUGAACAUCUUGCGGACCACCGUGGCCCAAGCCCCCGCACAGGAGCUCUUUGAGGUGCCCAUUGGCCUCACGCAGAAGAAGACGCCGGUGGAGCAGAUCCAGGAGGCGGCGCAGGUGCUCCAUAUGGCCGUCAAAGCGGCGGAGGUGGCGCUUCCGAAGCUGAAGACGCUCAACCUCUCCAACAACCAGCCGACGGCGAUUGGCACACGGGCCGUGGCCGAUGCCUUGCACGUGAACGACGUGAUGGAGCGGCUCCAACUGGACCGCUGCGAUCAUCGCGAUCCGGACCACGGCUACGAGGGCUUGAUCGGCUAUCUCCCCGUGAACACCACCUUGAGGCACUUGGGCCUCUCGCACGCCGUCUUGGGGGCCGAGGGCUUGACGAACCUGGCGAAGUGCAUGGUGGUGAAUCAGGCGCUGCGGAGCCUCAACUUGUCCGGGAAUCUCAUGGACGAAGCGGUCGCUGCCGCCUGGGGCGUCGCCAUAGGCUGCAACAAGUCGCUCCGGCAUUUGGUGCUCUGCGCCUGUCAUAUCACCGACGCCUCCGGACUCCUGUUAGCACGCGGCCUCGCGCAGAACGAAGGCCUCGAGUCGCUCUCCUUGAGGGACAACGCCCUGCGGGACGCCGCCGCCGAAGCGCUCGAGGAGGCCCUGUUGCAGAACGGGAGCGUCGUCCAGUUGAAUUUGGAGCUCAACAGUAUGGACCUGAGGUUUCUGAUGAAGAUCAAACAACUGUUGGAGCGCAACGACCAGAUUCGGGAGAAGAGCUUGCCCGAUCGCUAUCGAUCGCGCAUCGUGGAGCUCACGGAGUGUCAGAAGGAGGUGACAAAGAUGUCCAACAUCCUCGCCAGGAAUCGUCAGAAGAAGAAGGUGGCCCUGUGGAAGCAAGCAGCCGAAGUGCAGAAGCUGAAAGAUGAGAAGGAGGCAGACCGCCAGAGGCAGGCCACGGUGGAGGAUCAGCUGCACGAGCUCUUGAAGACUCAACAGGCCGUCGAGGAGGACGGCGGCGACACGCGUCUGGGGCUUGACUCGGCCGGUCAUGGGCACCCGGAGGUUUCCCAGUGUCGUCUCAUUCAUCUGUUAGGCCUCUUCAGCUAUGACAUGUGCUGCGGCGAGGGCGCGCACAACGUGCUGGGGAAUCCCUCCUGCUGGGAAGGCCCUCGAAGUUUUCAGACCUGCUGCUUGCCCAGCCUUCACGAACCCUCCUGCUGGUCGGAUGCGCGUCGCUUCUUGAGUCAACAGCAGUUGAUGCCGAGCCUGGCGAAGGAAGAGCGUUUGAUGAACAGCGACCUGAGUUUGUCUCAGUUCUGCUGCCGCCCCGGGAGCUUCUCCUCCGAGGUUUGUUGGGGCGGCGACGGCAAAGGCUAUGUCCAGGAGCAUCCGCAUGGCUUGGCCUUGAACAUCUCGCUGCGUUACGUGGAGUGUUGCUUCUUGCGGCUGCGCGCCGCCUUGGAGACGCCUCCGCCCCGCUGGAUGUCCGAGCAGAUCUCCCAGGACCUCCAACCUUGGACGUCGAGGUUGUCGUUGCGCCAGAUGGAGGACUUCGAAGAAUGGAUCCAGGAGACCGGCCAAAGUGCCCACUUCUGUCGCUUUCAAGUCACCAAGACGGGCGUCUACCAUUGCAAUUUGACGCGGGGGAGCCACACGAAGCUCGUCGAGGCGGUACGCGAUGCGCUCCACGUGCUCCGAUUGAUCGCGCCUGACCUGCCCGAGUUGGACCUCUUCCUAAGUCAGGAGGAGGCCCUCUGCGUGGCCUUGUUGGGCGAUCGGUCCGCGACAGAAACCUUCGGCGAGCAGAGUUGGCCGGUGCCAGUGCUGGCGCAGGCGCAGCCUGCUGGUUGCCCUGGUAUCUUGAUGCCAUGGUGGGCCUUCCUGCAACAAGAUUGGACUCGCAGAUACACGGAGAAGCUCUCGCGUGGCCGUGUGCCCUGGGAGAGCAAGGUCUCGAAGCUCUUUUGGCGCGGCUCAGACACGCAUUGCCUGCGCCCACACAGCUGUCAGGGCGCCAGCUGCGAGUGUGGGAACUUCACAGAGAACUGGAUGGACUAUCCGCGUGCUCGCUUGGUCUUGUGGUCCAUGCUGAUGCCGCAGAAGGUGGAUGCCAAGUUCACCAAAGACGUGGUGCACCAGGCCUUGAGGCCUCGCUUUGAAGAGCAUCGCCUGCUGGUGGAGGAGAUUGUGCCACCAGAAAAGCACGUGGACUACAAGUUCCUCAUGUACCUGGACGGCGUCAGUUUGUCGGACCGGCUCUUUUGGGUGCUGCUGACUGAGUCGGUGCUCUUCAAAGCCGACUCCAAGCUGCAAGUCUGGCUGGAUGGCAGUCUUAAGGCAUGGGAACACUAUGUUCCGGUGGCCGAGGAUCUCACGGACCUUUUGGAGCGUCUUCAGUGGGCAGAAGCCCAGGACGCAGCGGGGCAGUUGCACGAUCUGGCGCUCCGGGCUGCGGCACACGCCAGUGUCCAUUUCUCCUUGGAGGCGAACCUCUUGUAUCUCUAUCACCUCCUUCAUGGCCUCAAGAAGGUGCUUCCAGCGCCCACGCCGAACGAGGCGGAACCACUGGGCCGACGGGAGCAACAGAAGCAACAGCAGAUGAAUGCCAGGCAAUACCUGGCCCACGCGUUGGAAAUGCUGGCAACGCCCAAGAAGGGGCCACCCACGACAGUGCCGACGGCUCCGCCGACGGCCAAGUUGGACUGUUGGACCUUGGGCUUCACGGCAGAGCUGUGCUGCGGCGACGACAUGGGCCACGAGGGGAAUCCUGCUUGUUGGGAUGAGGUGUAUACCUUCGCCGCCUGUUGUUGA